UUUGAUUAUGAAAAUAAAUAAGCAGCAAGAUCAACUGGAGGGAAAGGCCCAGGGUCUCAAGAUUGAGAUCAAGAGCAAGAGCAGAGUCCGUCCAGGAUCCUUAUUUGAUGAGGUACGAAAGACAGCUCGGUUAAAUCAGAGACCCAGAAAUCAAGACAGCUCAAGUGAAGAAGACUCUCUUCCAGCAACAGGAGAAAGGGCUGGAUCCCAUAAUCACUCUCGGAACAAGUCAAGGUCUGUGUCCAGCCACAGGACCCACCACAGAAGUAGGUCCCAUUCAUAUAGCCGGUCCAGAAGCUACACCUACUCUUCCAGGAGCUACAGUAGAAGUAGAAGCAGGAGUAGAUACAGCAGAGGACACUCCCGUUCCCGAAGUAGCACCUACCGAAGUUACCGUAGCCACACAGACCGUAGAAGUCGUUCUAGAAGUCGGUACAGAGGUCACCACAGAUCAAGGUCUGACUCUUACGAUAGUUCUUCUAGCCGUAGCAGGAGAAGAGGGCAUCGAAGAAGUGAGAGCUCUGACCGCAUGUCCAGGUCAUAUCGCUCCUACAGUCGCAGUUCCUCUAGGAGGCGAAGUCAUAGCCGAAGCAGUCGAUACAGCUGAGCUGAUU